AUGCCAGCAACGCGCCCUUCUCUGGUCCAUCACCUCCGCCUCCUCCUGCUCGUGGGGCUGCAGCUCCUGGUGGGCUCUUGGCCUCGGGGCUCCCUGCCCUCCUCCGCCGGCAGAUCCCGGGUCGCCGCGGCGGGGCCGCGAGGGUCUGCCGCCCCCACGCCCCCCUUCGCCGCCGCCUCUUCCCUGCUCCCCUCGGAGGGGCCGAGCCGGGAGCCCCCCGCCCCACCCGCCGGCGUCUGGGGUCCUGCAGCCGGAGGACGCCGCGGCAGCCCGGGCGUUAUGAGCAGCCAAAAGACAGUCGAGAGUUCACACACUGAAUCAAGGACUUUCAGCUCUGCUACAGACAAUGCAGAUGCUUUCAGUAUCUUUGACAACGAUGAAGGAAGAACAUUGAGGUUGAGUACAGACAGUGUAUCUGUGUCUACAGCUGCCAUUGGCAGGACCACAUCUUACCCUGAAACAGUACAAUCUGGUGAUUUAGCCCAGGACUCCUCUUCAGUGAUGCAGACCAGAAGAGCUGAGGCGCCAUCAAAUACUCUGCAUAUUGCAGAGCUUGAAACAGUGCCUUCGAUGACACAUUUACCCCACACACCGGUUUCUUUACUGUCAGAGCAUAAUUUUUCAGCCACUGGAAGCAGCCACCAUAGAGACAGCAGCUGGGAUGUAGAAAGCACAACAUCCAGUUUGCAUAAUGAAAGCAUGAACAGUUCAGCUUUUACAGUCAACAAAGAAAGGACUUCACAGUUUCUUGGAGACAGCGUCACACUGACUGACUCAGCAACAAAAGACUCUGUUUCUCAGACAGAAAUCACUAUAUCUUCUGAUCAAACCCAGUUUUCCUCACAGGCAACACAGUCAAGAGGAAGCAGUACAACAUCAAGUAUCAUACAUUUUCCUGAAUCUUUAGCAAGAAUUGGGCUUACCCAUUCUUACCUGUCUCCAAAUACUGCUGCUGAAGGGGGUGAUCAACUAAGAAGCAACUCAAGCACAGAGCAAAGAAUUUUCAGUUCUCAGACGGACAGCGUGUCUGUUUUAGGUGUAUCAGAUAGAAGUGGAGGAGGAACAUUACAAACUCUAACAGACAUCAGCCAUUCUCAUAAUGCAACACAAACAUUCAUCUCUUCUAGUAAUGAAAUUUCCAGCUCUUUAAGUCACACUCAUUCUUCUUACAUGUUGACUCCUGAACAGACCAGUGGAUUGAAUUUGUCACUGGGAGAUAAUGAGUUCACUGAAACAGCCCUUGUUCAUUCCCAGGCCCAUUCAGAAACAACAGAUAACAGGAAUAUCCAGUAUACCUCAAAUGUAGAAAAAAGAGACACUCAGACUGACAGUACAUUGUCUUCUGCCACACUCUUCAGUGACAGAGUUGGGACGUUGGAAGCUCUAACUAACAGGAGCAAACCCACAGAAGUAACUGAAAUCUCAACCUUUGGUUUGGAAGAUGUCACUUCUUCUGAUUUAACUCAGACCUCAUCUCUUGCCAUGGAAAGUAGAAGGAGUCAUGUCUUAUCAACCAAAAAGGAUUUCACUGAAACCUCAGAAGAACCUUUGCUUACAUAUUCCUCCAAAACCUCCUUUUAUUUACCUUCCACAAUAGAUCUUUCAAACGUUAAGACUAAGCCGCAUAUCUUCAGUACCUCCAAUACCGGGAAAAGGGGCACUCAGACUGACAGCACAUUCUCUUCUGUUGCAUCCAUCAGAGAUGGAAAUGGGACACUGGACUCUCUAACUAAUUCAAGCAAUUUCACAGAAACAACAUCACUCGCUGGUUUGAGUUUGGAAAGUGUCAAUUCUUCAGAUUUAACUGAAUACUCAUCGGUUACAGUGGAAGUUGGAAACAAUCCUAGUUCAUCAAAGGAGACGCAUUUCAUUGAGACUUCAGAAGAGCCUUUGCUUAGAUAUUCCCCUAAAACCUCCAUUUAUUCACCUUCCACAAUAGAUCUUUCAAGCCCUGGAAAGAGUCAUCCACCGGUUAAAGUUUCAGAUCCACAAGGAAGAAUUUCCAGUGCCUCUACAGAUAGUUUGUACCUAUCAACUACAUUCAUGCAUGGUGCAGAAAGGACAUUAAGGUCUCUACCAGAUAACAGCACAUCUGUUGCAGCAGAAAGCAGCAUUUCUAACAUCGAAGCCUCCAGCUCUUUAAAUCCAACUCUGACUUUGACUUCUGUGGCAGAGGCUAGAGAACAUAACGUCUCAUUGAGUGAAGGACAAUUCACUGAGCAGUCUACUGAGCUUUUGCUUGAACAUUCAUCUCUCGUUCCAAUUCACUCAUCUUCAUCAGCAGAUUCAUCAACUGUUGGCCAUGGCAGAGCAAGCAGCUCUGGUACUGAAAUGAGGGCUUUGCCUUCUUAUACUGACACCAUAUACAGCUCAGCACCUUUCAGCAGUGGAGAAGAACAAACUUUACAACCCGGAACGAACGCCACAUUUACAGAAGUGACAGAAAGUUCUUCUUCAUAUGUGGAAAAGUCCAGUGCCUCAGAACUAAAUCAGUCCUUAUCAGGGAUGUAUUCUGAAACGACCAACAUCUCAGAAAAAGACUUGGAUAUCUCUGGACCCUCAACUGAGACUGUUCAGAGUUUCACUUCAUCAAGAAUACCAACUUACUCUUUCCAAAGUGAACCUUCAGACAGUGGAUAUGACUUCCAAUCAAUGAAUAGCACAGACACAGGAAAAAAUGGUUCUGCUUCUCAUACUGACAGUACAUACAUGUCAACCCCCUUCACAAAAGGUGGAGAAAGGACGUUGCUGUCUAUUUCAAAUAACAGCACUUCUUUUUAUGCAGACAUUUCUACCCCUUCAGAGUCAGUUCGGUCCACAUUUUCUAUAACCCAGAAUAUAGGAAGUAACUUGUCAUCAACUGACAGAGAUUUCUCUGCACCAUCAACGGAACCUUUGGCUGUACAGUCUCUGCCAACAGCAGGGUACUCUUCUACAAUGAGUUAUCCAAUCUCCGACUCUACAUCUUCCAGCAGCUUAUCAUUUCUCUCUUCUUCUCAAGCAUCAUCACUGCAGAGUUCAUUUCCACCAACACAGCCACCACCUUUGUUCUCAUCAUCAGAAUCCUCUUGGCCAGCAUCUUCUUCUGCUUCCCCAACGCAGUUAUCCUCUCCAACACCUUCAGUGACACUUUCACCCAAACUGUCAUCAACAGCACUGCCCACGUUUUCCCCAUUCUUGUCUACAUUGCCGGCCCCUGCUUCAACAACCUCACUGUUUCAGCCUAGUAUAAAUUUAGAAAAUGGUAUUUCUGAACCUGAAGGUACAACAGGAAUAGAUUCAUCCACAGCGGGGAGUUCUACCAGUGAAUACAAUAACCAGACUAGGACAUAUCCUUUGAAAGAUAACACUGGUUUCAGUUCAACAGGAUCUUCCCCUCUUCAGACUGAAACUACUGAGCAGCUUACAAAUCAUUCUGCACCUGUGACGAUCUCCCUAGGAAAAACCAAGAGUUCACAAGAGCAAAAUGUUUCACUCCCAGGGACCAGUGCUGAAAAAUCGGUUCCUAUUUUAACUACAUCUCCUGCUUAUUUGCCUGAAAAUACCACCGUUUCUGGGACAGUGAAGGCAUCGUCUAGUGUGUUGCCAAAAAUAACAACUCAAAAAGAUGUAUUCAGUUUGGUGGAAGUAACCACAGGGAAAAAUCUUACAAACACGAUACGCACAAUGUUAGGAUUACCUACUUUGGCAUCAGCUACAGACUAUUCAGUAACUACAAAGUCUCCCAAGGCUCAGUCUCCUACUGAGGUGUCUCAUACCUCUGGAACAACCACAAAGGGGAUGGAAAUGAGCAGUGCACCUACUGUUAAAAUCAUAGAGCAUCAUCUCUCUACUACUCAUCCUCGCAAGACAUUUUCUUCUAGCAAAUCCACCACAAGGCCUUUUUCUACUUUACUGGUUCCUACCAAACCAACUACAGUUGCAUUGUUAGGAAGUCCAAAUGCCUUUACAACUUCUCAUGGCAAAGAUAUAGAUGAAUGUUCGUCUAAUCCAUGCCCUGCUUUGGCCACGUGUACUAACACACAAGGCUCAUUCCAGUGUAUAUGUUCACUUGGCUACCGGAUGGAAAAAGGAAAGUGCAACUUAGUAAGAACCUUUGUUGGCCAGUUUCCGCUAAUGUUUAACACUACCGGAGGGAAGUAUUCAGAGCUUCAUCAAAUUGAAGAAGAUAUAAUAAAUGCGUUGAACAAUUCUCUUUCAACAUUGCCUGGCUAUUACACAUCAGCUGUUAAAGCAUUAAGGCGAUCGGGUACCGUCCAAGUUUCCAUCACAAGCACCUUUUCUGUGUUCUCCAAUGUCACCCUUUAUGACAUUGUCAGCACUGUGCGACGCCACAUCCGAGCUUGCAAAGUACCCUCAGAGACUUGCCAGUUCAUGUCUAGCCUUCUCCAGCUCCACAGAGCUGGCGGUCUGUGCAAACACAAAGAUCCAGAAUGUGACAAAGAAACUUCUGUGUGUGUGGACUUUGAUGGCAUUGCAGAUUGCCAGUGCAAGCCCGGAUACUUCAGAUACAACAAACUGGAUCAUUCCUGCAGAGCAUGUGAAGAUGGGUAUAAACUUGAGAACGACACUUGUGUGAGUUGCCCAUUUGGAUUGGGAGGAUUCAACUGUGGAAAUCCUUAUCAGCUAAUCACCAUUGUGAUUGCCGCUGCUGGAGGAGGACUGCUGCUCAUCAUGGGGAUAGCGCUUAUAGUCACGUGCUGCCAGAAGAAUAAAAAUGACAUAAGCAAGCUCAUCUUCAAAAGUGGAGACUUCCAGAUGUCCCCUUAUGCUGAAUAUCCCAAAAACCCUCGAGCUCAGGACUGGGGUAUAGAAACCAUUGAAAUGCAAGAGAAUGGAAGCACCAAAAACCUAUUACAGAUGACGGAUGUUUACUAUAUGCCAACAAACCUACGGAACCCAGAACUAGAAAGAAAUGGACUGUAUCCUCCUUACACUGGUUUACCGGGUACCCGACACUCCUGCAUCUAUCCUGGGCAAUACAACCCUUCUUUCGUUAGUGAUGACAGCAGAAGAAGAGAUUAUUUUUAAGUGAAUUACAGGAAUGGACAUGGAAGAUGGGCAAGUUGUCACAGGCUACACCUGCUGG